AUGUCAGCUGAGCUACGCGACUUCAUAUCGAAGUGCAACACUUGCAACAAAAUGCAGGACCAACAAUCAAAGCAGCCUCUUAUCACACAUGAUGUACCAAAAAUACCAUGGACAAAGUUAGGAGUUGAUAUCUUCACUUACCAAAACCAAGACUAUCUAGUUACUGUGGACUAUUUUAGUGAUUUCUUUGAGCUAGAUAUCCUAACAGACACAUCAGCAAUGACCGUAAUAGAUUGUCUCAAGCAACAGUUUGCUCGCCAUGGGAUUCCGGAUACCGUUAUUUCUGAUAAUGGACCUCAGUUUAAAUCUGCAGACUUUCACACCUUUGCUUGUGAUUGGGAAUUUGAACAUUCUACUUCAUCACCGUAUCACAGCCAAUCUAAUGGCAAGGCGGAAUCUGCUGUGAAAAUUGCAAAGAAAUUAGUGAAGAAGUGUAUUUCUAGCAAGACUGAUAUCUGGAAAGCAAUUCUAGAUUGGCGAAACACUCCUACAAAGGAUAUGAAUUGUAGUCCCGCCCAAAGACUGAUGUCUAGGAGGACAAGACAUUCCUUACCAACAGCUGCUGCUCUACUUGAACCAAAUAUCAGCACAAAUACCCAUGAAAAGAUCAUGCGUAAGAGACAACUUUCAAAACAGCAGUAUGACAAACAUACUAAGGACCUUCCAGAACUACAGAUUGGACAAAACGUUCGAAUGAAGAAACACCCAAAUGAUAAAUACUGGCAGUUUGGAACAUGUACCCAGUCUCUCGGGAACAGGUCAUACCUCAUCGACUUAGAUGGAAAGUCAUACCGCAGAAACAGAAGAGAGAUGCGCCCAACCAAGGAGGUUCAUGAUGCAGAAAGAACAGAUCCUUUACCCUACAAGCCGGAGGAUGAUCCACUCAUGAUUACAAAUGAACCUCCCCAGUACGAGAGUGUGAAGCAGCCUAUUGCUCCAGAACCACAAACCGCAUUUGGAUCUUCUAGAGAGACUAACACAUCUCCCGCAAGUGACAAUAAUUGUGCAGUGAAUGCUUCAACUAAAUUGCGUGGCAGCUCAAGAAUUGCCAGAUUACCAUCAAAGUUCAAGGACUUCAUUAUGAAUUAA